AUGCGGAGGAAGAACGAGCCAGAGGCCGGCCCCGCCCCCGCCGGGCCGCCCCUCUCCAGCCAGGCCCCGCCCCGCGCCCCGCCACAGCCCCACUACGGGAGCGACCAGAACUGCCCCGCUAAGGCCGGCCGCAGCAGCACCGCCUGCAGGAAGAGGCCCAGGUGGCGGCAACCGCCGCCACCCGGGACUGAGGCCACGCCCCUUCCGCAGCCCGGCGCGCCACCCCAGAGGGAGCUCGCUAGCGGAAGGGGACGGGGGCGGGGCUUCGAGCGCGAAUCGCCUCAUCGCCCCGCCUACCCCGUCCUUCUCCCGCGAUUCAAACUGGAGAGGCGCGGAGUGCGGGCUGAAGUGGUUUUACGUUUCCUCCUCCAACCACCAAGCUCAAGGAAAGCGCAGGUAGCGGCGCGCGCUGACACGCAUGCGCACACGCGCUGGCCCUCGCGGGCGGCGUCCGACCCCGCCCUGUGGCGCCGGCCGGCCGCACCUCCUCCGUGGGUCGGCGGGCGCUCCCAGGGAGAGCGCGAAGCCAGGGCAGGCGCGGCGCCGGCCGUUGGGCGGACGCCACCCCGGCGCCAUGUCUGCCCAGGGAGUGGCGGUGCUGUUGUCGUGGCUGAGCUGCUGUGGCUCGGCCCUGUGGAGGUAGAGAGACGCCUGUGGCGCCCUGGGACACCGGACGGGGGCGCCCCCGCGCCGCGGCGUCCUGGUCCACCCGCCCCUGCGGACCAGCGUCUGGAGCCCCAGCUCCCGCUCCGGCCCCGGGCCCUGUCGCCCGCUUCCAGCAGUUUUCCAGGAACCAAGGCGGGAAUGGGGGGCGGCGUUAGGGCUCUGCUCCACCAGGGUUUUGGUGACUCCGCGUGGCUGUCCAGUGGACAGCUGGGCCCCCGCGAGUCCGUAAACUCGUUUCCUCCUGCUGAGCUCUUGUUCCGCCCGGAGACCAGUGGAGCAAAUGAGAACCCAGCAGUCGCCACCGGGGAGUCGAGGGUUCACUGUUCCUAUUUGGAGAAGAAAUUACUUUUAGUAUUUAUAUUUGACCUUUUCCUCCACAGGUAUACCAGUAACAGCCCAAGCUACCACAUUUUUAGUACCAGAAGUACUAUUAAGUUAGAGUAUGAAGGACCAUCAUUUUCUGAGUGGAGUGUGCCAGGAACUUGUUCUGUGAAAAAUAAAAGCUCGCCCCAGACAGAGCUGCGUUGUUCUUCUCCUGGGAUUCACACUAUAAAGCCACUUGUUGUGGGCCCAGACUCAGAAGAAGAACGGAGUUUGUCUGUGGAGAGUUCUCAUAUCUGCUUCCUGUGGUAUUAUAGAGUUAUAACUUUGUUUCACAGUUACACCCAGAUUAUUGUUACAUGGAUACAUGAUCCAGAAAAUGUAGAUCCUGAUGAGUUGCUACAGAUUGCACAGGAACCUUCACCAAAUUCCAGAAUACUUACCAAGGAGCUGGCCACUUUGGGACAGCAGCCUAUCAUAUUUACACCUCUGAAGAAAAACAUUUAUUAUCCAGAUAGCAAAAUGAAGAAUGGGACCUGGCAUAUUUCAUUACCAAUGUCAAUAGAUGAUGUGAUAAAGCAAAUCAAAGGAAAUCAAGUAGCUUUUCAAGACUGCUUUAUUUCAGAUAUUAUUUUCCUGCUGACCUUCCCUUUGUUGACAAUGCCCGAGAUUCCUGGCCUUUUGCCAAUCACUUCGCCACGAGGUAGUCAGUUAAUAACAUUCCAGUCAUCUUGUAUCCUUUCCUCGGUUGUGGUGGUAGCCGAGAUGGAGACCUUUCAAACAAAUGAUUCAUUCCGUACUUGGACCAGAAUCAGAGUGCCUCCACACAUUUUGACCGACGAUGAGAGACACAAUGUGUCCAGGGUGAGCCUAUCAUGGGAUGGAAUAUUUUUUCUCAUAAAUGGGAUUCUUUACAUCAGAACGUUUACUGCAUUCACAAGACUGGGAACAAAUUACAAUCUGCCCAGUCGUGGAAUUACUGGCAUUACAGCAAGAAAAUGGUGUUGGGUCAAAUAUACAACAAAGAAUAAUCAAACAAGUGUGGUAACAGUCUGGACCGAAAAUGAACUUUACCUUGGAUAUCUUUCUCUUAAAUUUGUGAAACUAAUUGCUACUGAAAAACUGAAAAGCUUUCUAAAUAUAUCACCAACUGAUACACUGACUAUACACAAUGUUGCAUAUCUAUCACACCCUUUGGAACUUGCCUUAUUAUUAAGUUACUGUACCACAUGUACAAUCAACAAAAAGAUUUAUAUGGUAAUAUAUAAUGAAGAUACACAGCAGUGGACAAAACAAGAUUUUGCAUUAGAUGUCACUAGUGACACUUUUUUAAGUGCACAGUUUUUGUAUUCAGCAUUUCCAGAUGUAUUACUAUGGGACAAACAUAGGAUAUACUAUUGCUAUCAAAAUUUCACCGAGAUUGGAAUUAUUGAAACACCUACAGAAUUUGGAAAUUUAUCAAGGUUGUCACAGAACAGCACUAUUCAUGAAAUUUUCAUAGAUUAUUAUGGAAAUGUGGUGGUGAAAAUGGAAAAUAACAUAAUGUUCUAUUUCAAGGCCAAUAUUAGAAAUGCAUUAAAACUACAUGUAUGGAUAAAUAGUACACUGAAGUCAUCGACCUCAAUGACUACCUCUGGUCUGAUGUAUUUCAUAUAUGUUUUUGAAAAUGGCACAGUACGUCCACAGGAGUAUCCUUUAAGACUAGAAGCAGAAAGUGUAACUUUCAAUAUAAAAGAGAAAUGCCCCUAUGUGGCAUUUCUCAAUAAUAUUUUUUCUGUUUUUUACUUUUUGGACAAGGGACAGAACGUGUCCAUCUGGACUCAGAUAGUCUAUCCUGAAAAUGUUGGUCUGUAUAUUGUAGUGGAAUCAUAUGGCCCAAAUAUAUUACAACAGAAAGAUCAAGUUCACUAUGAAAUUGCCCUAGGACACUGCACCAAAACCAUGGCAAUAACAUUUUUUCAAACUAUAAAUUAUGAAGCUGUAGAUGAUUACUUCAAGCUACAGCAGGAGAACACGGGACUUCUGCUUAUUCACAUCAGGCCCAGCGCGUCCGCGAGAAUGUGUCCCAUCGCCCAGAAGGUGUUCCAAAUAGCCGCUGGCUGUGACCCUAGUAAACGCAUCGCUGUGAAAGGAUUUAAUAAAGAAUGUCUUCAGCAUGAUUUCUAUUACAAUAUUGAAAAGUCAUAUUUGAGGAAUAAACCAUCUAAAAACUUGCGAGUAAAAUAUAACUGGAAAGAAUAUGGCUGCCCAUUGAGACUUGAUUUUGGAGCAAAGUUUCACCCUGAGAUUCAACUGUACGAUGAAAACGGCUAUGUUGAAGACGUGGAAGUCAAUUUCAUUGUGUGGGAAAUCCACGGCAGGAAUGACUACAGCUUCAAUAACACUAUGAAGAAGAGUGGUUGUUUAAAUGAAGCCCAGACUUGGAAGUCAAUGAUUGAGCUUAACAAGCACCUCCCACUAGAAGAAGUCUGGGGACCUGAGAACUAUAAGCACUGUUUUUCUUAUGCUAUUGGAAAACCAGGAGACUUGAAUCAACCAUAUGAGAUCAUCAACAAAUCUAACUAUAACCAUUUAGUUUGGCCCGUAGACCAUUCUGGAAUGUAUGUGUUUCGUGUGAAGAUCCUGGAUCCAAACUAUAGCUUCUGUACCCUAACAGCUAUAUUUGCAAUAGAGACCUUUGGAAUGAUUCCCAGUCCCAGUGGCUACCUGGUUGCUGCUUUGCUGUUUCUCCUGAUGCUACUGUUCUUCAGUAUUCUAGUUUUGAGCUAUUUCCAUUACAUGAGGGUCUAUAAACAAUAUAUUUAUGAAAUGCUUAACAAGGAUGAAAAAAAAUAAUUAAAACAAAUGAAAUUUAGUAUAGUAGGAAUACAUAGAUAUACGUAGAGAGAGUAUGUAUAUAUACUUAUAUCACAAGUGUGUGUGUGACUAAGACAUAGUCCGUACCCUCAAAUUCAAACUCUGAGAAAUGUUCUUAAAUUACCCCAAGACAAAUAUUCUCAUAUCCCUCAUAUAUUAUAAAGUUAACUUUAAGGUGUUUGCAGCUUUCUAAAAAAUUAAAAUGAAACUAAAUUUGGCUAUUAAACUCAUUCCUAAGAACGAAAGUAAAUUUUUGAAAACGUA